AACUCAAGAGGCAAAUGGUUUUAGUAUUAAAUAGUGGACAGUUGGAUUAUCAUUCCGAUAGCAAUACAAAGGAUGUAGUUGAUCAAAUUUAUUCCUAUAUGGCAGAACUAGAGCUUCAGUAUGGUGUACUUUCCACCUAUGAUAACCACUGGUUCUUAUACCGACCAAAAGAUAAUCCAACAGAGCUUCAAAUUUCACUUACCUAUUCACUUGAUUCAACAUUGCCAACAGUACUCAAAGCAUAUGCUUUUCUGGCUCAUAUUGCAAAGGAUAAUCCUUACUCUCCUCAUCCUAGCAUAAUUCCUGAAUGA